AUGAUUUGGCUGAUUUUGUUGAGUUCUUCAGCAGUUAUACAUGCUAACCCGUGGAAAAGAAUAGAGUGCUGGAGUUGCGACAAAGGAGGUCACGUGCGCGGCAACAAUUUCGGCCCAGAAGAGUGCCAGAAAUAUGGCAAAAUGGUGACUUGCAAUCCGGGCGAGAUUUGCGCCGCCGAGAUCAGAUUUGAGCAGCCAGACUUUGAAGGCAACUUUAAAAGCAUACGGGAAUGGAGAGGAUGCAAACAAAGAAAAGGGAUGAUAAAAAUGUUUUCAGAGAGCAAAAUACCUAUAUUUGAUUAA